AUGAAGGGGGGCGGAUUGCUUAUUCCACCAUGGUUCGAAUACCAUGAGCCAAGUUGCUCAGACUGGGCCAUUGUCAGCAUCGCCUUUGGCAUGACUCUGUGUCUGGCAAUUUUUGGACUCAUUCGUGUGGGAAUUCAAACUUAUCAUCAAUGGAAACGCGCGCAAAGAAUUACGACCUAUAUGGUUUUAAUAUGGCUCGAAUUGGUCGCCAGCGCCAUUAUUGGAGGUCUCGGCUGGGGUUACGUUCGAGGAACUAUUCGCCCGGGGUUCUUGAUAUACUUCUUCAUCUUGCUCCUUUGGGUAUUUCAAAUCCAUUGUAUUAUGCAAAUCAUUGUCAACCGAAUCGCCCUCCUCCAUGUUUCGCCGACCAUCGUUCGACGACUAAAAUGGGGAAUCUUCACUAUCUUGGCGCUUAUCAACAUUUCAGUCUUUUGUAUUUGGAUCCCUGCUCGACUGCAGAUUAGCCAGACCUAUAUCGACAUCAACAACGUUUGGGACAGAAUCGAGAAAGGAAUCUUCGCGGUUAUUGACCUAGCUUUGAACUUCUACUUUGUCUAUCUUGUCCGCUCAUCCCUCAUAUCAUAUGGCUUGACCAAGUAUGUGGUGUUGUAUCGCUUCAACCUGGUGAUGGUAAUCGUUUCCAUUUCGAUGGAUAUCCUGAUCAUUGGCUCAAUGUCAUUGCGGAAUACCUUUUUAUACGUCGAGUUUCACCCGCUUGCAUAUCUCGUCAAGCUUCAUAUCGAAUUGUCCAUGGCUGAGCUCAUUGCCAAGAUUGUCAAGGCCUCCGGGCCCAACCUCGCACCUUGUCGCUGCACUUGCCAUGACAAUCCCAACCACACAUUCCUCCAUCAACUACAAUCUCGUCACAGUGCACCUCCAGCUCCCAGUGUGACUGCGCCAACUACUGGAAGAUUCCGUCGUUCUUGGCCGAUGUCAAAGACCGCACGCAGCAGAGAGAAGCGACGCAGAGGAACCCGAUCAAAAACUCCCUCCUUGACCAAGAAGAUAGUUUCAAGGAAACGGCAAAGUACCGAAGAAAAUCAGCCAAAGCAGGAAGUCUGGAAAUCUGACACGAAUACUGGCACAGACUGCGCCUCACACAACAUGCCAAGCUCUACAGGACAAUCGAAUGAGAGCUCGCACGAUCAUAAUGACUGA